CUCUCACUCUCAGCUCAACUCUCAUUCUCACUCUCAUUUCUUCUACUCUCAUUUUUCUUUUUAAGAUCUGAUUUCAAAACGUUUUCUUUCUUCUUCAUUUCUUUCGUAAAAUUAUAUAUAAACAUAAAAAAGCAAAAAAAAAUUGUUCUAUUUAUUUCUUUGUUCUCUUAAUUUGUUUUGUCGUGAAAGAAAAGCUUAAAAAAAAAAAAACCAGUGUGUCCUCUCCUCUGUUUGAAAUGAAGAAUCUUGGUGUGUAAUUUAGUACUUCAGUCGCUUUUGUUUAAUCUCAUUCAAAAAAAAAAAAAAAGAAAAAAAAAAGAAAAAGGAAAAACAAUGAUCUUUUCGAAAGUUAAGGAUUUUGGGUGUUAUUCUUAAAGAAAAAAAAAAAGAUUUUGGUUUUUAUUUUGUUUAGUGUCAUUCAUUUCAUUGUUGAACCUUUUCCUUAACGUAAAGGAGAGAGAGAUCUAGCCUUUAAUAAGUUGUGUUUUGAUUCUGCAAAGACCAAUUCCUGUCCUAACCAUUAAAAGGUAGCAUUGAAAUUGGUUGCUUUGGUUGAGAUUAUUGUUCUGGUAUAUGUGGUCAAGUCAACGCAGCAAGUGUGAACCAGUUGAUGAGCUGACCAUAAAUCUGGCUUGAGUUCUUUCAGUUUAACUUGUGCUUCACUUCAGAUCUGCUUGGCUCCUUAAUAUAUAAGUUUCAUUUCAAUCAUAGAGAAGUGGUCCCUUAUAUGUGGUCAAGUCAACGUCAACAAGUGUGAACCAAUUGAUGAAGUAAUCAUAAAUCACAUGGCUUGAGUUCUUCCACUUUAACUUGUGCUUCACUUCAGAUCUGCCUAACUCUUGAUCCAGAAUAUAUAAGUUUCAUUUCAAUCAUAGGUGCAGUGAAUAAAGUGAGUAUUUAAUCAGUGAUCUUUUGAUGUUUGAUGGAAGACUGACCUACAAAUUUCAAUUUCGUUAGUGGUUGGACUUUGACUUGUGACUUCCAUUUGGCUUGCUUGUGAAGAUAUAAGUUUCACUUCUACCCAUAGGGAGAAGCUAGAGGAAGAAGCAAACAAGAGUACUAAUGGACGCCUUUGUUUAUCCUAUUUUGGCGAAUGGUGUGUACGACUUUCUUAAAAACAGAACUAUUUUUGGCAAAGAACAUGCGAAUCGACUGUUUCACUAUGAAACUUAUCAAAGGAACGUGAAGAUACUCACUGAACGACUAGAUAUCUUGGAGAAACACCAAAAUGAAGUGAUAACUAUGGUUGAGUCAGCCAAACAAAUGGACAAGGAUGUUUAUCCUGAAGUUUUAGAAUGGAUCGAAAAAACUCAAAAUGAUUUAUCUAGUUAUCGUGAGAAGGUAAAAAGUUCCAGCCAAAACUUUAGUGAUUUCGUGGUCCAUCCACAAGCAAUGAUCGAUGUGGCUUUUGUAUCAAAAUCGAUAAAUGAAUCAAUCGAACAUCGUAUAAAGUUUGGUGAUUUUAUUGCUCAUGAUUCUCGUUUUUACGAUAAGGAUUACAUGUUCUUUGAGACAAGAGAACGAGCUUUGGAAGGAGUCAUGAAAGCACUGAAAGAUCCCAUGGUGAAGAUGAUUGGGCUGCACGGAAUGGGCGGCAUCGGCAAGACAACGCUUGCAAAAGAAAUAGCUCGACAAGCCAAGAAGGAAGCAAAUUUGUUUGAUAAGGUGAUCAUGGGCAGUGCCAUUUCUCAAAAGCCAAUUAUUGCAAAUAUUCAAUUUGAAAUUGGAAAAGAUCUUGGUGUUGAAUUUGGUAAUAAUGAAACCAUAUUAACAAGAGCAACAACACUUCGAAAAGAGUUGGGUAAAAAAGUGAAGGUUCUGAUUAUUCUAGAUGAUAUUUGGGAGGAAAUUGAUCUGUUUGAUGUUGGCAUACACUUUAGCGAUAAUCCAAAAGGAAGUAAGAUUCUAUUUACUUCGAGACAUCAGGGUUUAUACAAUCCUACAGUUGAGUUCGCUGUCCAUUCUUUAGAUGAGGAUGAAUCAACAAAGUUAUUUACGAAAGUUGUGGGCAAAAUACUUGAUGAAAAUCUUGAUUGCUCGAGGGAAUUGGUUAAGGAAUGUGGGGGACUUCCGAUUGUCAUUAAUACAGUGGCAGCUGCAUUGAAAGAUGCGUCUUCAUCCAAAUGGAGGACUUUCUUAAAUGAAAUGAGAAACUCUGCCCCUAAGAGUAUUGAAGGCAUGGAGUCAAAGGUGUUCUGGUCUAUAAAAUUGAGUUACAAUUUUUUGGAAAGUGAAGAGGCCAAAUCACUAUUAUUGCUUUGCAGUAUAUUUCCAGAAGAUAGAUUCAUAUCUGAUUAUGAGUUGGUGAUAUAUAGUGUGGGUUGGCGCUCGUUUCAGAAUGUCAACACAAUGGGAGAUGCAAAAGACAAGUUAAGCACUCUAAUAGAUACUUUGAGGAAACAUUGUCUAUUGCUGCCCAGUGAUGAAAGCGAAUCUCAUAUUCGUUAUCAUUGGGUCAAACUACAUGAUGUUAUCCGGGAUGUUCUCAAAUCAGUUGCCAAGGAGGAAGGUCUGUUUUCUUUAUCUAAGUAUGAAGAACUUCCUGAAGAAAAGCAUGCUAAUCUUGCUGUAGUGUCAUUGCUUCCUGAUUUUGAGACUCAGUUCCCUGACAUAUUGGCAUGCCCAAACCUUGUUUCAUUCAUUGACAUGUCUUUUGAUGAAAAACGUCUCUCAGAUUGCUUCUUCGCAGAAACGAAAAAACUAAGAGUUCUGAAGUUAACAAAUGUAGAUCUGCGCUCACCACCUUCAUCCUUUAGUUGUCUACUUGAGAGUCUCGAAAUUCUUUGUCUAACCUAUUGUGACUUAGAAGACACAACAUUUCUCGGAAGUUUCAAGAUAUUAAAAUGUCUAGAUCUUUUAAGGUGUCGUUUUAAAACAUUGUCAAAACAGGUGGGUCAGCUAACUCAUCUACAAUCGUUAACUAUAGGUUCUUGCAAAUAUCUUGAGGUGAUUGAACCUGAUGUUAUCUCAAGCUUGAUAAAUUUAGAAGAGCUGUACAUGGGACGUGUGAAGAUAGCAUGGGAGGUUGAAAAAGUCAGCAGUGAAAGAAGUAAUGUCAGUCUUGCAGAGCUAAAGAAUUUGACCCGGCUGAACACGUUAUAUUUGGAAAUCCAAAAUGAUACUUAUUUGUCAAAAGAUUUCAUCUCUAGAAACAUUAAGAGUUAUCAAAUAACUGUAGGUGAACCUGACUUUUUAUUCGCUGACAACUUCAGUUCAUAUUCAAGAGUCUUAAUGUUGGAGCUUCACAAUGGUAAUUUGAUAAAAGAAUGUGGUUUUGAUAAGCUUAUGAAAGAAUGCCAAGCAUUGCAGUUGAGAGGAUGUGAAGAUGUCACCAUUGAUAUUUACGUAUCAAAUGCUGAUGGUUUCCCCGAAUUAGAGGUCUUUGAUUUACGUGAUGCUUCUAAUGUUAGAUACUUGAUGGAAUGCAAUCAUCCUGUUUUUCAAAACUUGAAGAAGUUGCAACUCAAAAGACUGUCAAACUUGCAAAAAAUGUAUGAUGGAGAAUUGGUAGCAGGCUCAUUUAGUAAAUUAAAAGAGGUGCAAGUAAGUGAAUGUCACACACUGAAAAGUCUAUUUCCAGUCUCAACUAUUGCUGGACAGCUGGAAGAAAUGGAAGUAGAGUCUUGUGAUAUGAUGGAGAACAUUGUUUUCCAUAAAAAUGAAAAUGGCACCCACCAGAAGAUUGAGUUUCUCAAACUACAGAAAUUGGUUCUGAAAAGGUUACCAAUAUUAAUUCAAUUCUGUAAGCUUGAGCCGGAGCAAAAUGUGACUACUUCACCAUCAUUGGAUUCCUCACCGAGCACCAUUAUAUUCCCACUUUUUAGGGAGGAGGUGGUAACAUUUCCUAUUUUGGAGCAAUUACGUUUGAGCUCACUUGAUUGUGUAGAGAUGAUUUGCCAAGAUCAAGUCCAAGAAUUAUCAUACAUGCAGAAUUUAAAAGAUUUACAUGUUGAGAAGUGUCACAAGUUAAAAUAUCUUUUUUCUUUUAUUGUGGCAAGAAGUUUGGCUCAACUUAAAACUCUAAAGGUAAAAGAGUGUGAGAAUAUGCAAGAGAUUAUAGUCAUAAAAGAAGCAGGAAAUGAAGAAGGAAGUUCCAUGGAGACUAUUUGUUUCCCUAAACUAGAGAAGGUCAAUCUUUCUUCUCUUUCAAACGUCAAAACUUUCAGUGGUGGAAAGCGUUUGGCAAUCAAAUGUCCAUCCUUGAAGAUAUUGAAAAUAAAGGAAUGCCCAAAACUGAAGACAUUCCAGAAAAGUUGCAGCAAUGAAAUUGAAGCAGCAGAAGAGCCUUUGUUCAAUGAAAAGGUGGUAACAUUUCCUAUUUUGGAGCAAUUACGUUUGAGCUCACUUGAUUGUGUAGAGAUGAUUUGCCAAGAUCAAGUCCAAGAAUUAUCAUACAUGCAGAAUUUAAAAGAUUUACAUGUUGAGAAGUGUCACAAGUUAAAAUAUCUUUUUUCUUUUAUUGUGGCAAGAAGUUUGGCUCAACUUAAAACUCUAAAGGUAGAGAAGUGUGAGAAUAUGCAAGAGAUUAUAGUCAUAAAAGAAGCAGGAAAUGAAGAAGGAAGUUCCAUGGAGACUAUUUGUUUCCCUAAACUAGAGCAGCUUUAUCUUUCUUCUCUUUCAAACGUCAAAACUUUCAGUGGUGGAAAGCGUUUGGCAAUCAAAUGUCCAUCCUUGAAGAUAUUGGAAAUAGAGGAAUGCCCAAAACUGAAGACAUUCCACAAAAGUUGCAGCAAUGAAAUUGAAGCACCAGAAGAACCUUUGUUCAAUGAAAAGGUGGUAUCAUUUCCUAUUUUGGAGGAAUUACAAUUGUGGGGACUUGAUUCUGUAGAGAUGAUUUGGGCAGAUCAACUUCAAGAAGUAUCAUACAUGCAGAAUUUAAAAGAUUUAAAUGUUUUUGGAUGUGAUAAGUUAAAGUAUAUGUUUUCUUCUGCUGUGGCAAGAAGUUUCAUUCAACUUAGAAAUCUGACAGUAGAGUGGUGUGAGAAUAUGGAAGAGAUUGUAGUGAUAAAAGAAGGUGGAGAAGAAGAAGGUAGUUCCAAUGACACCAUUUCCUUCCCUAAACUACAGAACAUUCGGCUUUAUGAUCUUACAAAACUCAAAAGGUUCAGCAGCAGAAAGCCUUUGGCAGUGGAAUGUGAAGGAUUAAUGAAGAGAAGUUGUAGGAAUGAAUUUGAAGAAGCUAAAUUACAACCUUUCUUCAAUCAAAAGGUAUCAUUUCCUAUGUUGGAGAGCUUAUAUUUGAGGAAACUUGAUUCUGUAGAGAUGAUUUGGGCAGAUGAACUUGAAGAAGUAUCUUACAUGCAGAAUUUAAAAGAUUUAACUGUUUGGAAUUGUGGCAAGUUAAAGUAUGUUUUUCCUUGUGCUAUGGAAAGAAGAUUGGUUCAACUUAGAAAGCUAUGGAUAACAGGGUGUGAUAAUAUGGAAGGGAUUUUAGUGAUAAAAGAAGGAGCAAGUGUGAUGGAGGAGCUUCACCUUAUAAAUCAUCAUCAUCAUCCAAUGGCCUUGGAGACAUUGGUUAUAGAAGAAUGCCCAAAACUAAAGAUGAUGAAGAGUUGCAGGAGUAGAGAAGUCGUAGAGGGUGAAGACCAUACGUUCACUGAAAAUAAGGUUGUGGUCCCUAAUUUUGAAGAAGUGAGUUUGGAGUGGAUGUUCAUGCCAUCCUCUAUGUCCUUUCAAAAUUUGAGAGAGAUUCGUAUAUCAGAGCAUGAUGAAAUGAUAAAUUUAAUGAAUUCUUCCACCGCCAGAAGUCUAGCACAACUUCGGUAUAUAACUAUUAUCAAGUGUAAAGAAAUGAGACAAGUAAUUGUGGAUGAGGAGGAAGCUGGUGAGAAUGUGAUGGUCUUCCUCAAAUUAAAGACUUUAACGCUUCAUCGUUUACCCAAUUUGAAAAGCUUCAACUGCGGAAAUAGUGACAUACAGUUUCCUAAUUUGAAAAAAGUAAUUGUGAGUGAAUGCCCUCACAUGGAGAAUUUCUCUUCUGGAAAUGUAAUCACUUCUAAUUAUAAGUUGGCUAAAAUAUUUACAAAGUUAAAGGAUGAAUUCUUCAUCGAUGCGAUGCAUGCAAAGGGCAUAGAAGAGGUUUGGAAGGGUGAUCUCAAAACAACCGUAAGAAUGAUUUGGGAGGAAAACAACAAACAAUUGAACGAGCAACCCAUGAAGAGUGAAGACUAUCAUUCUUGUUCAACUUCUUCUUCCGAAUAAUUAAGUUGGUUCAAAAUAAAACGGUAUGGGAUUAAAAAGCUAAGGAAUAGGAUGGAGUCGGUAGCUGAUGGGGAUCUCUUAGUCCGAGUUAUGCAUAAUGUGACAAAUCCGACUUGUACGGUUGCCAAGUCGUUCAUGUCUUUCAACAACACACUAUUUCAGUCUCUUAUUUUCUUUUAAGAACUUAUGUUUUGCUCUAAAAAAAAAAAAUAAAAAAUAAAA